CGACGUUUGUUGUAAUUUUUUAUUUGUUUUCUUCCUUCUCAAAAGCAAGCAAUAACAUUUAGUAUUUGCAUUUUUGAUUAUUUGUUUUUUAAUUACAGCUUCUUCAUUUUCGACGCCAUUUUGCACAAAAUUUGCAGAUUAUCAAAAUGCUAAACAAAACGGUGUCGGAAACAACAUACGAGAUAUUUUUUCACUGCCGACAUGUUAAAACAAUAUUACUAUGUUAUGAAGCACAUAGUGGAAUUGCCCCUCAAUGCAGUAAGUUUUUUCCCUCUGUCUGCCUGACUAUGUAAAUUGUUGCAACAAGGGUAGUCAUGAAUAAAUAAUGUCAUUAAAUACACGGCAUUAUCUGUGUGAGAGUAAUCGUUCAUCUUUCCUGACAUCUGACAUAAGAAAUGGACAUCAGAGUCUUAGUACAAUUGAUUUUAAUGCUGGCAAUCAAUGGGAUCGUUUUCAUUUGUGGGUUGAUUUUAAACUCUCUUGUGGUUUUUUGUUGGUUAAAGUCAUCGCAACUACAAAAGAAAGUAUGUCACUUCACAAUUUGUUUGUUAUCCUGCGUCGACCUGCUGACGAUAGCUACAAACUCUCCAGUUUUGAUCACAGAAUUGAUAUUCUGGAUUGGUAAAAAAGAAUCAAUUUUCAAACUGCGCACUAUUACUCACUUUUUCAAUGUAUUUAUUUCUUUUUCGAUAAGUACCCUGUUGCUUGUUAGUUUUGAGCGAUACUUGGCAGUUUUCCAUCCAAUAUUUCACCACAAAAAAGUAUCGAAGUCAUUACUCAUUAAAUUGCAUUUUGUUUUUCUUUUUAUUUCCACCAUGUUGUUUCUGUUACAUAUAACAAAACAUAUCUUGGCCUCGAAAAUACUUUUUUGUUUACUGUUUAUUUUCCCAUUUAUCUACGUCAACACUAAGCUCCACAUUAUCUCAAAGAAAUAUCGUCGAAAGGUCGUUAAAACAUCCGAAAAUCACAGUAAAAAAGGAAAGUCUUUUAGAAAAUCCAUAUCAACAUGUCUUCUUCUGGUAGCUUGUGUCUCGAUUUGCUUUAUGAUAUCGAUCAUCAGUUAUAUCGUUUUGGCACUUAAAAAAAAUACCGAUUGGGCUCUCAGCUAUACAUGGAUGAAAACAUUUUGGUGUAUCAACAGCACAACUAACUGUUUGGUGAUAUUUUGGCGUAAUAAAAACCUUCGCUCCGAGGCGAGAAAAAUAUUAAAACAAUUGAGCAAUACUUCAAGUUCGUUCUAAUUUACUAUAUAAAGACUUUUCAGAGUCGAUUCUUUACGUACAACUAAAUCUAUAAUAUUGUAGGGAUAAAUGUGUGUUAGAGCUGUAGAAUUGUUGUAUUCUUGCCGUUGUGUAAUGUUAUUGAACAAACAAGCUCCAUGUUUAAUUAUUUGAUAUAUAACUUGUCGUAACUGCAAUUUCAAUAAAACAUAUUAACAUAAGCUAGAUAGUAUGCUUUACAACUCAAAAUAUACAAAAAAAUGUAUACAAACAUAGUUGCAAUUUAAUUUAAAUAAUGUUAAAAAAAGCUUUCAAUUUUAGCUAAAGACAAUUUGCCGUGGAGGAAGAAGAAAGUUUUCAAAACUGGCUCGAUUGAAAGUUGCAGUAAUUAUAUAUACAUUCAUGAAUAAGUAAAUAUGUCAUAAAA